CAGGGCGCGUGGAGUGUCUGGGAGAUGCCCAAAGAGCCGCUGUGAUGCUAUCGAUCACCACAGAUGCUGCCGCCAUCUCCCUGAGUGACGCCGUUGGGGCACAUUGAGGUGAGGGAGGGUGGGGAGGAGGGCCUGAUAACAUCAGCAAUGACAGCCUGUGUGCUUUCUGUGUGUUUGUUGACACAUUUGGCGCAUUUCCAGUGUCGUUGUGCGGUUGAGCGAAAGAGAGGAGGAGCAUCAGGGGCAGCCAAGCAACCAAGGUAUGGGAAGCGAAAGAAAGCCGCUCGGAUGUUCACAUAUGAGGCGCCACACAUGCAUUCACUGAUGUGAUGUCCGUGAUGUGUCUGUGGCGGGUGUGCAGAUGUCGGGUGCUGCUGAUGGAGGUGGUGCUGGCUUUUUAGCUAACGAGUCGUCCUCGUCGGCUGUGUGGUCUCUGUGUGUUAAUGACAGAUUUCCGGCACUCUCCGGUGUGUUGGUGCGGUUCAGCGACAGAGGAAAGGGUUCUGCCGUAACCACAUCUCCAUCAGGGGCAGCCAACUGAGGUAUAGGAAGCGAAAGACAGGCCGCUCGGAUGUUCACAGAUCGAUGAGGCGCCACCAAUGCAUUCGCUCAUAUGGCGUCUGUGUUAUGUCUGUUUGUGAGUGGGCAGAUCAUGUCGGCUGCGGCUGCUGAUGGGGCUGCUGGCUCUGUGGCUGACGAGCAGUCCUCGUCGGCUGCGCCUGCCGCCAAUGGUAACCAACAAGUUCGCUGCAGAAGGACACGACAAUGCCGGCACACAGCUGUCUGUGUGUGUUGGGCUGCAGGUGCGGUCAGUGCACCUUCUGCCAACCACCACCACCAGCACCAGCAGCAUGAUCGCCUUAUCAGUGCCGCUGACGUGCCGCAAGAUGUCGCCCCGACGGUUGCCGAGUACGUCAGGAGUUACUCACAGCUGGAGGCCCUCAUCGACGCCCAUCCCACCCAAUUCACCGCCGCCGUCCUGCUGCCGAUCCUCAUACGACUGCUGGCCGUCGUGGUGGACGCCAUCUUUGGCCCUUUGGUGGAGGUGCCGAUUCCCCAGCUGACCCAGAGUGUGUCCAUCAUUGUGGCCGCCACACGUCGGCUCUUCAUGCUCACGAGGGGCGGCGAUUGGGCCAGAUGGCGGCCUCAUCUGGAGAUGCUGUACUUGCUGCAAGGCAAUAGGCCUUUGGUGCUGGGCGAUGACAACUUCGGCAUCUUCGGCAGCCGGGCGGCCUUCAUCGGCGAGACGGAGGCCGUCCGGCAGUGGAAGAUGCUCAGCUGGGGGGUCACUGUCGCUGUUAGAGGCCAAGGGAGACAGCUGAUGAACGGCAACGGCAUCCUUGACCGUCAGAAUGGCCGUUCCGUCCCCCCCCUCAUGGCCUCUGCCAGCCCUGUCUUCCCUCACGUACCAUUCGACCCCGCCGACCCGCCCACAGAGCUGAGCGCCUUUGACGCACUUGGCUUGACGUGCCCCAACUACACCUCAAUGGCGGGCCGCGUUUUGUUCAGCUGGCUGUUCGGCGGCGACCACAUCCGUCGCAUCAAAAGCUGGUGCUCUGACAGUCCGGCCUCUGCUGCAUUCCAGCGUGUGUGUGAGCUGCUGUCGGCCCCUCCCAGCGAUGCGGCACAGUGGGGGGCGGGAGUGUUCGACAAGAAGCGGCCGUGCUCUGACAGGGAGGGGCAUCGGCGCCUGAUGGUGCUUGGGAUUGAGACGAUGGGGGACGGCCACAUGGCGGUCAUUGAGCUGAUUCAGCUUGAAUUCAUCCGGCAGAGUCCACGCUAUGUCGUCAUCUGGACGACCGAGUCGGCCCCCCACGACAAGACGUGCACUGUUGUGAUGAGAGUGCUGGGGGAUCACCUGGGGGGAAAGGUGUGGCGGGAGGAGAACGAGGAGAAGGAGCACAGGCGAGCGACGGCCAACACGAGGAGAUGCACCAUAAUGUGAUCGGGGGCUUUGGGGCUUUGCCGUAAGUGUGUCGGUUUUCUAUGACACAGGGGCUGCAUUAGUGGUGGUGUGCGGGAGGGUCAGUCCACAGACUUUGUUCGUCGUUUUGAAGGAGGGGCGACAGAAUGACCGACCGUCAGACAGACCGACAGAAAGACCGACAGACGGACAGACAGACAGACAGACAGCUGGGCAAUGGGGUUUUUCCUGCCCGUCUGCUUGCAUGGGCCUCUGUGUCCGUUCCCUCGGCUGCAUCCUGCCCAUGUCUGUCUGGUGAGCGAGGCAUUGAAUGGCGUGGCUGACCUGUGUCUCUGUCAAUGGCACACCUGAAUGAAUGAGCCCCGUGUCACUUGAUGGGCAAGAUGAAAGACACUGAGUGGUUCUGCUGGCUAACAGGUCCAC